CUCGGGUAUAAAUAAAAGAAGGGAAUACCAACGUGCGCGUUUUUCCAUCUCCGUUGGUCUCGCGGCGGCGGCGGCGAGGAGCGAUCUUGGAUACCGAUAGGGGAAGGGUAAGGGAAGAGAAGGGAUGGCGGCGUACGACGAGGUGGAGAUCGAGGACAUGGAGUGGAACGACGAGCUGCAGGUGUUCACGUACCCGUGCCCCUGCGGCGACCUGUUCCAGAUCACGAGGGAGGACCUCCGCGCCGGCGAGGAGAUCGCCCGCUGCCCCAGCUGCUCCCUCUUCAUCACCGUCAUCUACAACCCCGAGGAUUUCCCCGAUCCCGAGAGGAAGCAACCCCCGCCCUCAAGCGUCAGCCCUAAAUUGGUCGUCGCUUGAGCUGCAUCGGUUCUAGUCGGCUCUCAGG